ACUUCAUCUGUCAGAGUGACUGUGCACGUUCCUUUGUUUGCAAAAGUAGCCAAUAAGGUUGACUUUCCUCUAAAUCAACGUUGUCUUCUCCCAGAUCAGCGCAGGCUGCACGUCAGUCCACUACAACCACAGUGCGGUUAAUUACAUGAUUUAAAUAGUUAGGCUACUUUAACUAUUUACUUUACAAAAAGUACGUUUUGGAGAGCGAAUGAAAUGUCAAAAAAAGUGGCAGUAGUUACCGGUGCCAAUAAAGGCACAGGAUUUGCGAUUGUGAGGGAGCUUUGUAAGGCAAAAUUUACCGGGGAUGUUAUUCUUACUGCUCGAAAUGAGAAACUUGGAAAUGAGGCAGUGAAGAUGCUGAAGUCCGAAGGAUUUGACGUUUCUUACCACCACCUUGAUAUCUGCGACCAGGGCAGCGCCAAGCAACUGAGUAACUUUCUGCAGAAGACGUAUGGCGGAUUGGAUGUGCUCAUUAACAACGCGGGAAUGGCUUUUAAGAAUGAUGCGACUGAGACUUUUGGGGAACAGGCUGAGGUGACCAUGCGCACCAACUUUUGGGGCACCCUGUGGGUGUGCCAUGCUCUCCUACCCCUCCUCAGACCAAAUGCCAGAGUGGUGAAUGUCUCCAGCUUUGUUAGCAAGAAGGCUCUUGAUACAUGCAGCCCUCAACUACAAGCCAAGUUCCGUGAUACUGAGCUCUCUGAGGAGGAGCUGUGCUUGCUGAUGGGGCAGUUUGUUAUUGCCGCUCAGCAGGGAAACCAUCAGGCCCAGGGGUGGCCAAACACAGCCUAUGGCACAACAAAGAUCGGAGUGACUGUGCUGUCCAGGAUUCAGGCUCAUUUUCUGACUAAGACACGGGCAGCUGAUGGAAUCCUGCUCAACGCCUGCUGCCCUGGCUGGGUUCGCACUGACAUGGCAGGCUCCAAAGCCCACAAGAGCCCUGAAGAAGGAGCACAGACUCCUACCUAUCUGGCACUUCUUCCUGACGGGAUGAAGGAGCCACAUGGACAGUUGGUGUGGGACAAGACCGUUCAGGAAUGGUAGAGUGGAUGCAGCAGGAAGUUUACCUCAUCUCAAUCAGAGACUUGAGGAAAUUGCUCAAAAAGAUUCUGCCAAAUUCACAUGACAAAAGACACAACACAACAGAGGGUUCUUGACAUAUCAUCUUAACUUUUUUUUCUUUAUAUGAUUUAAUGUGAUUAAUUUACAUAAAUAACGCUCUGGAGUACUUUCAUUGUAAUUAAGGCCUGUUGUUCUUUCAAAAAGUUUAAUGAGGUAAAGAAAUAAAAUAGAUUGAUAAUGUC